CUCAGAUUUGUAUAAUCCCCCACCAAAACCCACACCCACAAAAUUCAAUUUUCCAAACCCAAAAAGGAAAAAUAUCUCUCUCUCUCUCUCUCUCUCUCUAUCACACCCUCUUUCUCUACCCUGUGUUUUCCGUACAAUCCCAUUCCCUGAAUCCAUGGCAGCAGCUUCAUUGUUGCUUGAAGCCAAUCCAUUGAGGUGGAAGCAGAGCUUCCCGAUUCUACUGCCUCGUAGAAAAUUCUGCCUUGUCCAACCAGCUAAAUUGAACGGAGGUUUCAAGGUUGAGCAAGUUUCUGGUAAAUUCAGCGUUAGAUGCUUCUCGGCUUCGAAGAAGCAUUUGGUUGGUUUGGAUAAUUGCUCUGGCUUGGCUAGCAAACAGAAUCGGAGAAACCCAUUUGAAAUUGUGGCUGAUACGAUAGUGAAAGCGUUGAAGGCAUUGAGAAAGCCAGCAAUUGCGGUGGUUUUGUUGGGUUUGUUGUUGAUGUACGACCCAAAUUCGGCAUUAGCCGCCUCUGGCGGGAGGGUCGGCGGUAAAGCUUUUUCUUCGCGCUCGUCGUCGUCGUCGUCGAGGAGUUACUCGAUGCCAAGGACUUCAAGCCCUGGCUUUUCGUAUUCGGUGCCUUACUAUGCACCUUCCCCAUUUGGGUUUGGUGGUGGCGGUGGUGGGUUUUACGUGGGGCCGGCUUUUGGGGUCGGAGUGGGUGCUGGGUCAAGCUUCUUUCUCUUCUUGGUGGGUUUCGCGGCUUUUGUUUUGGUUUCUGGUUUUCUUUCCGAUAGGUCCGAUGGUAGCGUUCUUACUGCAACCGAGAAAACUAGUGUUCUCAAACUUCAGGUUGGGUUGUUGGGAAUGGCACGAGUGCUUCAGAGGGAUCUUAAUCGGAUUGCUGAUGCUGCUGAUACAUCUUCUCCUGAGGGUUUAAGCUAUGUGUUGACAGAGACAACACUAGCCUUGCUUAGACACCCUGACUAUUGCAUUUCAGGUUAUUCAGCUGUGGAUCUGAAGCGGAGUAUGGAGGAUGGUGAGAAGCGCUUCAAUCAACUUUCUAUUGAAGAACGUGGUAAAUUUGAUGAAGAGACACUUGUCAAUGUAAACAACAUUAAAAAGCAAAGCACAUCAAGCCAGAGGGCUAGUGGAUUCAGCAAUGAGUACAUAGUGAUUACAAUCUUGGUGGCUGCCGAAGGAGUACAUAAGCUGCCUGCCAUCAAUGGCAGCGGGGACUUGAAGGAAGCUCUGCAAAAGCUUGGCUCCAUUCCCUCCGGCAGAAUACUAGCAGUAGAAGUUUUGUGGACCCCUCAAAAUGAAAACGAUUCUCUAUCAGAGCGGGAACUACUCGAAGAUUACCCGCUUCUGCGGCCUUUGUAAGAGCCAAGCUUCUUCCUUCAAGCUGUGAUGGGUAAUCAACUGAGUAGGAUCUAAAAGUCCAUUUGUAUAGGAGAAAUUGUCUAUAGCAUACAGAAAUAUUACUUUGUUAUUUGAAUAGAUGGCAAUGAGAUUUAUAACAAAAUAUGUAUAGUUGUUAGACAGAGGUUUCUAUUUCACUUCCAAGUUUUACCACUUCUUGAUGGGUACUCAUUUGCAUAAUAAACAUGAAAUUUAAUUUUGUAUCUUUA